GUUGUUGCUAAUUUUCCACGCCGAGCCACUGCACAGGAAAAAUGUCUCGAGUUUAUGUGGGAAAAUUGAGCUACCGCGCCAGAGAGAAAGAUGUAGAACGUUUUUUUAAAGGUUAUGGGAAGAUUCUGGAAGUAGAUCUGAAAAAUGGAUAUGGCUUUGUGGAGUUUGAUGACCCCCGUGAUGCAGAUGAUGCAGUGUAUGAUCUGAAUGGCAAAGACCUUUGUGGGAAGAGAGUGAUAGUGGAGCACACCAUAGGACAGCGCCGAGAUGGUGGCAACAGAUCUGGAAGAAGUAAUCGCUAUGGUCGUGGUGGUGGAGGAGGAGGAGGGGACAGGUACGGCCCACCGACACGCACAGAUUACAGGCUGAUUGUGGAAAAUCUCUCUAGUCGAUGCAGCUGGCAGGACCUGAAGGACUACAUGCGUCAGGCUGGUGAGGUGACUUAUGCUGACACUAAUAAGGGUCGCAAAAAUGAAGGGGUGAUAGAGUUCAGACAAUACUCGGAUAUGAAAAGAGCCCUGGAGAAGCUUGAUGGCACUGAGGUCAAUGGAAGAAAGAUUCGGCUAAUUGAGGACCGGCCUGGUGCCAGACGCCGGCGCUCUUACUCUCGCAGUGCCUCCAGGUCUCGAUCCAGGAGCAGGAGGUCUCGCAGAAGCCGAAGCCACAGUCGAACCAGUAGCCGCUCUGGAGCCUCAGGUUCACGAUCACGCAGCAGGUCAACCAGCAAGAAGGCUAAGAGCAGGAGCAGCAGGAUGGAGGAGAGCAGUAACGGAGCUCGCAAGGGUGGUGAUAGCGGCAGGGAUAAUAGCUUGAGCCGCAGCCCUCAAAAUAAAAAGAGCAAACGUGAGAACAAGCGGGGUCGCUCUGAUUCUCGGUCCAGAUCUCGAUCCAAAUCGAGGAACGAUAGGGAUCUGUCCAGAGAGUCUGGGUCCAAAUCUCAGGAGGCGAGCAAGAGUGGUGAUGAAGGCAGAGCGGGAACACAUCGUUCUAGAGCUCAUUCUCGAUCCAGAUCACAAACACCACCAAAUGCAGAUCAGCGGAGGGAAUCUAGAUCCAGGUCUAGGUCCAGAUCCAAAUCACGCUCACAUUCACGCUCACAGUCUUAUUCCCGAUCUCGAUCCCGUUCGAGGUCUCGGUCCUAAAUCCAUUUCUGAAAGUCUUUCUCACUCAGUAUUAUUCAUCUUGUUUUCCAGUCUAGCUAAACGUCUUUAAAACAAGAAUAUGUCUUAAAUGUUUUUUUUUUUUUACCCCUUUAAAUCUUUUUGUCACAAUUGUGAUAGAUGUAUGCUUAAAACAAAACACAGUUAUCAACUGAUAGGGGUAAGAAAAUAAAUAGAAUUCAAGAUAUAUUGUCUGAAAACAAGUCUGAAUGUUACAUUUGAGAAGCAAAAUGGUGUAUCUUGUUUUUAGAUAUUUUGUCCUCGGAAAAAGACAAGAAUAGACUGAAAAUUAUGUUUUGCAGUCAGUGUCUAAAUGUUGUUCUGCCCUUCAUUUCUUUUUUUGAAGCUACUUUUUUGUAGUUUUGUUUUAUCCUUUGUUGUCAAAUAGACAAGCUAGUUAUUAGGGAAAUUGCCUGCUUAUUCACAGUUAUUAUUUUCUGAAAUUGUUAACCUUAUGUUUUAUUUUAGUAGUGUUUUUCUUUGGAAAUUGCUUGCAUAUGUUUUAUUCAUAAAGACCGAGCCCUCAGUAGGUGUCCUAACCCUUUGCAUUGUAUACUUUAGACCUGUACCAUAAUUGUUGUUAUGCUGGGGCAGAGUUUAUGGUCUUUUUAAAUUCAGUUUCUCCAUGCAAAACAAUAAAAACUGCCUCACAA